GGUGUCCUUGGUCGAGCUAAACGACGGAGAGGAUGUCGGACCCAGCUACUAAUCCAGCUGCGACAACGUUCCCAGCGCCGACGAUAUCUUUGCCAACAGGAUUAGAAAUAUUGAGGACGUAUUCUGGAGCUCUGAUCGUCCUGGAAAUUGUGUUCGGGGGGCUGGUAUGGAUCCUGGUGGCCUCCUCCAAUGUGCCCGUGCCUCUGCUGCAGGGCUGGGUGAUGUUCGUCUCGGUCACCAUGUUCUUCUGCUCCACGGUCUACCUCCUCCUGUUCAUCCUGGGCUUGGCAGACAGGAUCAACACUGACUGGAACUUUCUGGAUGUGUUCUACCACUUCAUCGCACUGCUCUUCUACUUCGGCGCCUUUGUGUUGGAGACGGCCACCACGGCGGCCCGGGGGGUUCUGAGCCGUGGUAACGGCACAGCUGUAUGUGGAACCCCAAGAGGUCACAUAAUCACCAUCUUGGACAAUAGACAGUACAAUAUCAACGUGGCGGCUACGGUGUUUGCCUUCGUGGUGACUCUGUGCUACGCCUGUAGUAUGUUCAUGGGUUUCAGGAGGUGGCAGAAGUUGUGAAACAGAAGUUAAUACAUCGUUACAGUUCUCCAACAAUGGCGUCAAUGCAUUUUCACAUUGUUGUUUUAUUACGUGUGUGUAAGAUUACAUAAAGGGAAUGGCAAUGGUGUGAUAUUUGCAUCAGUGUAUAAUGUCAUCUUGUAUGUAGCAUUUGUAGCCUGUCAGUAUAGCAGGUGUUAUAGCAAGUGAACCAUGUUUGUCGCUAGUCCUCAAUUUCCAAGAUCAACUUCAAUUGACUGAUCAAUAUUCAUUUUAUUUAUAAGCAUAUUAAUCAUUGUAACGUGACUCAACCAAAUAGCAACAUGGGAAACCAUGUAAAAAGACUACAUAGUAAAUUAAUAUUAAUAAUCAUUUAAUUAAAUUGUGUGAAUCCUUUCCGGAAUUGAUGUUUGUAUUUCUGUCAUUUUUGCCAUGCAUUUUUACAAAUAAAAUACAUUUUCU